AUGGCUCAAGAUCUCGUGUUUGCUAACCACAUCCUUGGGGCCAUAGACAUCGGUGGAGAUGAACACAUUACUCUCGAGCUACGUGGUACUCGGUUCACACUCUCUAGAGAUGAACUGUUGACACUCCCUGAAUUCGUCCUUUUAUCACUGUUUCCAAACGGCCUUCUUCCCGAUGGACAUAUGGGCACAUUCCACGAGGGUGAUAUUUACCCCGUCGAUUAUGACCCAACUUCUCUUCAGUACAUGCUCGAUUUUUUCCGUACAGUUGCGCAGUCAAUUCCGUCGUCCUCGCCUUCUGGCUCUACGUCUCCGGAUCUAGAGAUGUCUGAGCAUGUGCUAGGGUCCCCAAGAGAUGUACUGCAAGACCGGGCUGGGAUCAUCGUUCUGCGCGAAGACCUUGAUUUCUAUGCGAUACCACCACGUCCUGAUAUCGACCACACGGAGAUGCUAGACGUGAAACGCGCUGUUGGAAAGGCAUUGUUAAAACAGGACGGCAUAUUCUCUGGCUUGAAGAAGAGUGAUGAAGCGGGAUCGACGGAACAACAUCUGAUUGAAAUGCUGACUGCGGGUGGCUUUGAGAGGGAUGACCGAUGGGGCCAUCGUGCUCCCGAGCCUAACAAGGCGGUCAUUUGCAGCCUUGCCUUGGCUAAGCUUCGCACCGACAUCCGGGGUGAUCUCUCGAAUAAAAACGCGGUUGGAAUGGCUGAAAAACUCUUACUUUUCUGGAGGAAGCCUGCUAGAAGAUGCUGGUGGGAAGGUAUUGAGUUGGACGGCGUUGAGGGGGUGGAGGGUAAGGUCAAGGUCUGGAUUCGAAGAGUAUGGACGCUGGAGAUGAGUGUCAUUGGGCUCAGAUAG